AUGGCUCCGAUGACGGGCUGCUCCCUGUGCCUUGUCGCGCUGGGGCACCGUCCAGUGCCUCGCGGCUUUGCGCAGACAUGCCUCGGCCUGCGCUUCUUUGCUCGCUCGGUCAAGCCCCGGCCCUCACGCAUGGUCCUGUCCGACCAGGUCCAUCGCACUCCCACGCCUCGCGGUGGUCGCAGGCCACGCCAGGCGGCCGUCGAUGGCCCCUUUGCCGGCAUGAACAGGACGGUCGCAAACGUCGAUGCACCUCAAUCUCGAGCUCCACGCGUUGCGCCACGCUUCGGCACCGAGGACAGGAGGAGAGACGACAGGAGGAGAGACGGCCGAAGGGACCACAAGGAGCGGGCCAAGGAAGAUCGGAAAGCACUCAAUAUGCAGCGCGCGCUGGCCAUUGUCACAUACGGGCAGCGCGCAUCCAUCAAGGAGCGCCUGCAACACUUUGAGACGUUUGACCAGUUCGACCUACUGCCAUCCAUCCAGACGGGCGUGACGGAGGAGCUCUUCAAGGGCAUGGUUGACAUUCGCCCGACCCCCGUGCAGCGCUUGGCUAUCCCUGCACUUCUUGGGCAGUCGAGCCCGCGGCUACGAAAGAAGCGAAGCGAAGGAAAGGAGUCCUUUUUGCUGGCGGCAGAGACGGGCUCGGGCAAGACGCUGGCCUAUCUCCUCCCCGCCAUCGAUGCCCUUAAGGUUGCCGAAGCCGAGGACCCGGAAAUCAAAGCCUACAAAGAGCGCCAAGAGACCAUCGAAGCUAUGGACAAGGCCUCCAACGUCAAGACCAAGCCCUUUAAUGAGCCGCAUCCCACCAUGGCUCGCCCCAAGGUUAUCGUGCUUGUCCCCUCGGCCGAGCUGGCCCAGCAAGUUAUGCGCGUCGCCAAGUUGCUGUCGCACGUGGUCAAGUUCAAGACGGAAAUGCUGUCAUCGGACCUCAAGCCUCAGCAGAUCCAGCGCAAUCUCUACGGCCCCAAAGGCCUUGACGUUGUCGUUUCCACACCGCACCUGCUGGCGUCCAUCGCCAAGUCGGACCCCAACAUCCUAUCUCGCGUCUCGCAUCUGAUUGUUGACGAGGCGGACUCUCUAUUUGACCGGAGCUUUUCGCCCGUCACGACGAGCAUCAUCGAACGGGCGACGCCAUCCAUGCAGCAGUUUGUCUGCUGCUCGGCGACGAUCCCGAGAAGGCUCAACAGCUUCCUUGCCGUCAACUACCCCAAGAUGAUCCGUCUCACCACGCCAAACCUUCACGCCAUCCCGCGGCGUGUUCAGCUGGGCGUCAUUGAUGUGUGCAAGGAUCCGUACCGCAACAACAAGGAUCUCGCCUGCGCCGACGUCAUCCACUCCAUUGGCCGAGAGGCCUCACUGCACGAGGGGCCUGUCAAGGGCGUGGUCGACGUCCGCCGAGUACUGGUCUUUGUCAACGAGCGCACCAAGACCGAGGAGGUUGCCGAGUAUCUUCGAUCCAAGGGCAUCGACGCCGAGGCUUUGCAUCGGGAUGCAGGAGAGAAACGCCAUGGCGAGACGCUCGAUACCUUUACGUCGGCCGAGCCGCUGCGCAUCCGCGCUCCGCAGGACACGGGACGCAAGCGGGCCCUGCACAACGUCAAGGUCCUUGUCGUGACGGAUCUCGCUUCCCGAGGCAUCGACACACUGCCCGUGCGGCACGUCAUCCUGUACGAUGUGCCGCACACGACCAUCGACUUCAUCCACCGCCUCGGCCGGGCAGGACGAAUGGGACGACGCGGACGAGGCAUUGUCCUCGUGGGCAACGAUGACCGGAGAGAUGUCGUUUCCGAGGUGAAGCGCAGCAUGUUUAUGGGCCAGGCGCUGAUUUAA